UCGAGAUUUCAGCCGCAGUCGCAGACGUUCGGUGCCCACGGUCAGAUCGGGGGGCCCAGCGCGAGAAAGACCCCCGAGUAGAACGCCGCGUCGAUCGCGCUCGAGAUCGAUCGAUCGGAUCGUCGGCGAGAUCGCCAAAGUGUCUUUUUUUCUCGUCGACUGGGAAAACCCUCUUCGACGGGGCGCAUACAUGCUCGUACGAAGCUAAGGACGGACGCGGUGGUUAUCCGUUUAUUCAAUCGAUCGAUCGAUCGAUCGAUCUACGAUCUAGCGCGUCGCCGCGCGCAAAUCUUUGGCAUCUGCCUUCCACGAGAUAAAAAGAGAAGCAUCGAAAAUCGGGGCGAGUGAGAAACGGAAACGCUCGAUGACCGGUUCGUGUUAUCGAUCGACCGAAAACCGACAGGUCGAGAGAUGGAUGCAGCCGCGAAAGAUUGCCGACAAGAUUUUAUCCCGGCAUAGAUCGAUCGGUGUACUAUCGUACGUGUUGAUUGAUUUUGUGAGUAACGUAAUAUGUUAAUCGGAUGAUCUAAAAUCGAUUAUAUAUAGAACGAUCGGGAUUGCAUUACGCGGUUUUCGGUUCAUUUCAAAAUUCAAUAAUGUUCUUGUCGAUUGAUUAUGAGUGUCGGAACAAUAGUGAUCGUAGAGAGAAGCCAUUCGACUUGCAAGUACAUCUGACUGCUUGAAGAACCAGUAAUGAUGUUCCUUGAUGCUUCAAGUUAUACCGCAUGACAUUCAACUACUGCAAAAAGUUCCGGAUAAAGUUGAAGUGACUGGAGAUGGGGAAACCUAGAAGUGCUUAGGUAUUACUGACCUAGGCAGCUGCCCAGAGAUGUGGUCACGAACGCGGCUCUUCCUCUUGGCGUUAACGUUCGCGUUGCUGAUCGGCCAUCACGUUACCAGGUCGCAGCGACCGCGGCUCGGCGGUGCCGUAAACGUUUUCAGCCGUUACGGCUACCUGAGUAUCAGUAUGCGAGUGGUACCGCGCAACGAUACUGAAACUUGGAUAUUCCGCGAGCCCACUCUCGAUGUCUUCAAGAAUGCCACGCCGAUGCCGUCCAAGCAGCGUCAGGCAAAAAUAAAUAACGCCGUCUUCGACGGCGACUUCCACAUGGAAUUCUGCGACAAUAUAAGACAACUUCUACAGGCAUACUUCCGUGACUUCACUUUCGAAAGACUGGAGAGGCCGUGGCGCGCCUUCACUGGAAGCUGGUCGAAGGCGGCAAUAGCCAGGCACCUCGGCAUAAACUCGUCCUUCAUCACGGGCGAUCACUGUUACGUUCUAGUGCGCGUCGCUAGAUUCCGUGAUAAUCAACGACUCGCUGGCACCGCCGAGACCCUCGUCCUCGAUGAUUCCGUAUUGCGGCAGACAGAGAACGUCACGGUCGGUGACACUGCGAGUGUUGUGCGAUUUAUCAGGAACUUCGGUUCGCACUACAUCGCUUCUUACAUAACGGGAAACUCGCUUUAUCAGGUUUUCGUGUAUACUCCUCAGGUGUAUUCGCGAAUAAAGGAACGGUUGAAAACACGAGGAGUUGCAGAACUGUCGGCUCUCGAGCUGAGUAACUAUUUCUCGCCUUGGUACGCCGAGCACAUGGGUUCCAUACAAUCGGCGAGUGGCAAUCGUAGCGUAGAAGCAUGGGCCGUGCAACGUCUUCGGGUGCAAUAUUAUAUCUUCACUUACGCCAGCCUGCUGAAAUUGCACGGCGAUACGGCAUUGCUUAGGCAACUGAACGGCCUCUUGGACGACGAGGCGCUGCUGCAAUUACAAUUGCGGACAUUGGCACCCGCUUUCAAGGAUCCAAAAAGACGCGAAUGGUUUAUGGAAGUGAUCGAUAACUAUUUCAAACUCUGGGAAGUGAAUAUGUGAUAGUGUAAUACGCGCCGAUUGCAGGCAAACUCGAAACAUUUAGAAUAUGUGUCGCGCGUAUGUCAAACGACGUAUCGGCGUGAAAAUAUAACACUAUUAAUUUCAGCAUGUACAAUCCAUGUAGGUAUCUUUGGAUCAGCUGAACCGAUCGCAACGAUUUAGCGGCCAUCAUGACUCAUCGACGAAAACUCUAUAGGUUUUUGUUGAACGGAGAUAUAUCCUUCUGCCACAUAUAUAUAAUGAUAUAAUCCUGCGUAAAUGCUGUUAUUGUUAGAAAUAAGUAUUUAUUAUUAUAAUCAUAUUAGAGAAAACGCCUUUGCACAAAUAUUUUUAAUAUAUCACAAACAUUAUUCGUACAAUUUGAUUGAAAAAUAUUGUAAGUUCUUUACUCAAAAUUAAUCCAUUGAUAUAUGUGUGUAAAGAUGUAUUUAUAUAAAGAUUUGUAUGCGUUUUGUUUAACUUGAUAUCAUUGUAUAUACAAUGAAAUCAAAUUAAUGAAUCAUUUUUUUCUUCUCAGAUACAUUCGUAUUUUAUAAUGAGUCCUGUCUUUUUUUCAAUCAGAAAAUGUUUUCUUUCUCACAUUUUUUUUAGAUAUAAAUUGAUAAGGAACGACGCGUAUGUAUUUGCAAACAAGUUUAUACUGCGACUCUGUGGACCAACAUUAUAGAAGAUUGUAUACAUUAUAUAACAAAUCGACCUAUUGGCAUUGCAAAA